UCCCUCGGUCGUUCGAUACGCGCGCGCGCGAGACGAAUCGACUUCGUCCCAUAGUAUCGUCACAGUUCUCGUCGGAGACGUUCGUGAUUUUGCACCCUUGUUCGAGUUACAAUUCACCGAACUAUAUGACGAGGGUGCACCACGGUUUCCUCUCUCAUUCUCCUUCGUCUCUGUUCUCAUCUUCGCCUAUCAUCCCUCUCUCCAGCUUUGUCCCAUUCGAUCCCGAAUCUCUCGCCCCGUUGCCCCUGUUUCGCCUCACGUUCGUUUCCCUCGUUCUAUUUACAAUCGUGUCAAUUUUUAUCCCGAGUCCGUCCCCGUCGCAUAUCAUGUCGAUCGCUUCGCGGAAUCGUCUCGCUAUCUCCGUAUCGCUUGGCACGUCGUCGCCGUCAUUAUUAUUCAGUUAAGAACUCGAUUGAGAAGGCGGUCUUCGCAUUGGUACGGAUAAAAUGGUAAAUACGGCUCGCGAGUAAAUGGGAUGAUCGGUAAGCAACAGACGGAUCACGUUUCCUGUUAUUUGUUACUUGGCAUCGGUCCCUCGCGAUGCUCAGUCCACGGAGACGCGUGUGAGUGACAUAUCCAGGGGACCACGUCGUCGUCGUCGUCGUCGUCGUCGUCGCCGCUGCCGCAGGAUUAGGAGUACAUCGAUCAUCGAGACCGUAAAAAAUCACGCAACGUCUCUUUCGAGUAUACCCCGAGUACUCUUCUUCCUCUCUCGAGUCCCUUCCUCUGACUCGGCCACCCUUCGUUUCUUCCCUUUAAUUGCCAUGUCCCGGUGGUGAAACGCGUCGCAGCACGAUCGUCAUCGACGAAAAAAGAAGAGUCUAUACAUACUGUGCCGCGACACAUAUUCGAGUUCGCGCUCAGUCAAUAGCCAGCUACGUCCUUUGAAAUUUGAAAAGAACGUCGGCCAGCGUUACACGCGUCUUGAUCGAACUGCCUGGGGAACUACUGAAAAAGCUGCCUCUCGGACAUAAUCGGGAAACGGUUCUGUCGGGUCUCAGAAUAACCUGUGCAAAGUAUUAUUAUGCGUUUUGUACACCGUCGUGGUCGGUCGCCGCGGAGCAAGGAAACACUCGCGGAAGAGCGAAUGACGUCGUGUACGAGUAGCGACGUUUGCACGGGCACGGGAGCGGACACGGGAACGGGAACGAGAUAAGCCUCAUCGACGCAACGAUGAAAGGUAAAAGUUUCGGAUCACCGAGGAACCAAAGAUUCCAAUGAUACCUUCGCAAGGUGGCCGUGAGGGAUAUAAAGGUUCUCCCAACCCUCCGAGCAACGGCUCCGAGGACAAUGGCUUCGCUAAUCGACCUCGAGUGGCGGGCCUUUACCCGACGAACCUCUUCAGAGAAGAGCUUCGAUUCUCGGCAGGAGAGUCUACUCGAUCCCAGGGUACCGCGCACAUACUCGAAAGAUCGCCGAGAGAGAUCGGAAGCCAGAGGAGUCUGAAUCUACCCACGGGCAUCGCCGAGGAGUUCGAGCUGUUGGAUCGGUCGAGGAUCGGUAUCUCGAGGACGCCUCAACCGUCGAGGAGAGGAGAGACUGCCGUUGCUGCUCGUUACGAGGCCAGGCCCAGGUUCGAACGGAUCGGCUAUGGAUCGCCGCCUAGAGACGACAGAAUUCGCUCGCGGGAGCAACAGGAAGAAUUCCGUGGCUCGUUCCACGAAUUCCCGCGCGAUCAGAUAUGGAUGGAGCCGGGUAUCGACGCUUCUCGGAUACCUGUUACAUCUGGCGAGUUCUCUAGCAGGAGACGGGGCCAGGACAGUCCGACGUUCGCUUCGACCUCCGCUUCCAUACUCAUCUCGCCCGCGAGCGAGACCAGCGAGUGCGACCCGAUCUCGCCGCCGGAUAUGGAGAAAGCUCUACCACCACCGUACACGGGCCUCAGUCCACCGGAGUACACGGCGCGCCGCGAGUACGGCCACCAGGCCGAGACUCCGUCGCCCAUCUUUCCGAAUUAUCCGCUCGCGUUGUACGCGGAGGAGACCCGACACAGGCGAUCGGUCUCCGAUGCCGAGAUCGAGUUCGCCACGCGCGAUCAUCGCCUGAGGGACGAGAACCGUUUCGAACCGGAAGCCGCCGGGAGAUCGCAGCGGACGUCGCCGGAGUCGAAGCCGAACGCGGAGAACGGUGACGCCUCCAAGCCCAAGGACGUCGCCAGGCUGAGACCACCGCUGGCUGCGGCAGCCGGCGCCUCUGCCGAUUCUGGCACCGGCGACUCCGGAAGCGCCGAGAUCCAAGUGGACUCUCUCGGUACGCCACGCGCGGCCAAUGCCGGCGAGAUCUCCGACGGCAAGGACGGUACCGAGAACGGCGAUAAGGCCAACGUGAAAACGCCUACUGGCAACAACAAGCAUACGGUGAAACUGUUCACGAAAGAGAGCCUCGACAGAUUGGAGAACAGGACCGUGCAACUUGUCAGGGACUAUGGCUUUCAACCGAAGAGACGUAUGUCGGUCGAGGAUGGUGCGGUGCUUCCAAACAAAUACGAACCUUUCCCAACCGAACUGUACGGUAGACCACUCGAGGAGAUCGACAACUUCAUCUACGACGAAACGUUCUGCGUAGUAUCGAAGAGAUUCCGUAAAAAUUACAUCCACAGAUUUACGGCGACGAACAGCUGGUUCAUAUUUUCACCAUGGAAUCCCAUGAGGCGGUUCUGUAUAUACCUAAGCACGAAUCAGUACUUCGAUUAUCUGGUCAUGGCUACGAUAAUAUUAAAUUGUGCCUUCCUCGCCAUGACGGAAACUAUCGAGGAAGCCGAAUAUAUAUUCUUAGCUAUAUACACGGCCGAAAUGGUGAUCAAGUCGAUAGCCAAGGGAUUCGUGCUCAAUAAAUACACUUACCUACGAAACCCGUGGAACUGGCUGGACUUCGUUGUGAUUACCAGCGGCUACGCGACUAUAGGGAUGGAAGUAGGAAAUUUAGCCGGGCUGAGAACGUUCCGAGUAUUGAGAGCUCUCAAAACUGUUUCAAUUUUGCCUGGUCUGAAGACCAUCAUCAAUGCACUGUUACAUAGUUUUAAGCAACUCGCCGAGGUGAUGACGCUUACCAUUUUUUGCCUAAUGGUGUUCGCGCUGUUCGCCCUGCAAGUGUAUAUGGGCGAACUGCGGAACAAGUGCGUAAAGAAUCUGGAGUCGAACGACACGCAAAUCGAUUGGUACGAGUGGACUUGGAACUCGUCCAACUGGGCGUUCGACGAAGACGAAGAACCGAUAAUUUGCGGUAACGCGACCGGCGCCAGGCAUUGCAACGAGAGUUACGUCUGCCUCUGCGUCGGUCCAAAUCCGAACCACGGAUACACGAACUUCGAUAAUUUUCUCUGGUCGAUGCUCACCACGUUUCAGUUGAUCACUCUCGACUACUGGGAAGACGUCUACAAUAAGGUAUUGUCGGCGUGCGGACCUAUCAGCGUCUCGUUCUUCACGGUGGUCGUGUUCUUCGGCUCGUUCUAUUUGAUCAAUUUGAUGCUCGCCGUCGUCGCGCUGAGCUACGAAGAAGAAGCCGAGAUCACAAACGAGGAACGAAGGAAAGAUUUGACCGACCAUCGCGAGGACUCGACGUUUAGUUUCGACCCGACAAAGAUCAAUGUCAAGACGCUUGCCAAAGAGAAGCAGAAGAAGUUGGACGCGAGGAAGGGCGUUCUUUUGAGCAGUUACACGCGGAAGAAGACGCGGAGAAGAAAACGCGGGAGGAGCUCAGCCGGUACCGGCUCGGCUGCUCAAGAUAAGAGCGGCUCGGUGCCAAGCAGAUCGGUGACGCCGAGCCCGAAUCCGAGUCCGAGACACUCGUGCGUUCGACCGUCUCACUUGGUUCUGCAAAAUGUCAGCCCGAGAACGGCGGAGAACAACGCGGUUCACAGGCUGGCGCCGAACCGAGGAAUGCUGCACUCUCGCCAAGCGAGCAGCAACAGCAAUCAACAGUCUUCGUUGGACGAUUCGGGGGUCGUCGACGACCACGACGGCGACGACGUCACGUCCGUGGAGGAACACGACAGGCGGGAUAACAAGGAGUCCAGGGCCGAUUGGCACGAGAGGACGCCUACGAACAACAGGGAUGCGAACGCCGGGGAAACGAGAAACGGCGCGGAGGCGGAUGUGGAGGGCGAACGGGAGAAGUCUCGGACGACUCGUCCGCAGGUGUGUCAUCGAGCGCACGCGAACGUUCCUACCACGCUCGCUGGUGGAAGCGCUCAAGAGAUUCGCGUGUUCAAAUGCAACGGUCUGAAGACGAAGAAGCAGAUGUACACCUUGCCGUCGGAAUAUUUGUCACACAUCGUGAUUUUAGAUGAUCUUCCAGACAGAAACUGCGAGAAGUGUAUCCAGUGCUGCGUAGACUACGAGGGUUGGCUGCGAUUUCAGAACUGUCUGUACAAGGUAGUGAGAGAUCCGCUAUUCGAGUUGACGAUCACACUGUGCAUCGUCCUGAACACCGGCUUCCUGGCAAUGGAACAUCAUGGGAUGAGCGAGUCGAUACGACAGGCACUCAACAUCGGUAAUAAGGUGUUCACCAGUAUCUUCACCUUCGAAUGCUUGCUGAAGCUGUUGGCGUUGAGCAAAGACUUCUUCGCGAACGGGUGGAACAUUUUCGAUCUGAUAAUCGUGUCAGCGUCCCUGAUAGAUCUCACCUUCGAACUGGUAGACGGCCUCUCCGUGAUACGCGGUCUCAGGCUGCUGCGUGUGUUGAAACUGGCGCAGUCCUGGACGACGAUGAAGGUCCUGCUCAGCAUCAUCAUAUCGUCGAUCGGCGCCCUCGGUAAUCUCACCCUCGUGCUGGUGAUCGUCAUUUACAUAUUCGCCGUGAUCGGCAUGCAAUUGUUCAGCAAGGACUACACGUUGGACAAGUUCUACCCGGACCCGGUACCCCGGUGGAACUUCAACGAUUUCUUUCACUCGUUCAUGAUGAUAUUUCGUAUACUGUGCGGCGAGUGGAUCGAACCGUUGUGGGACUGCAUGCGGGCGGAGCAAGAUGACGGACCCGGGGCGUGUUUCGCGAUAUUCCUCCCGGCGUUGGUGAUGGGCAAUUUCAUGGUGCUGAAUCUCUUCCUCGCGUUGCUGCUCAACAGCUUCAACUCAGAGGAGUUGAAACAAAAGAAGGAGGAGGUGGGCGAGGACUCCAAGUUGGCCAGAUCGUUCGAUCGCAUUCGGUCGAUCAUCAGGAAGAACAAGUGUCCCCGGGUGAAUCAAGGCGCCGUCGCGAGGGACAGAGGGAAAGAUCCGCGUUUGGAGAAGAUCGUGCGAUCCGUGAUCGACCGUUCCGACAACGAGACCAAGUACGCUAUCCAAGAGACUGUGCUCAGCCUUCCAAAAGACAACGUUUACAAUAGAUCUUAUCAAGAAAGUUUGAACCAGCCAGUUUUUACUUAUCCGGACCCGAUGUACUCUCGGCCGCGAACCGAGGAGCAGACCUACAGAGAGUGGGAGAAGGAACGGGAGGCGACCGGUACUCAGGGUGACGAGAACAAUUAUUCGAACGACAAGAAGAGAGAGGCCAAAGCGAACGAGGGUAAGGAGGAAGAGGAGGAGGACGACGAGGAAGAGGAGGAGGAGGGGGAGGAAGAGGAAGAAGAGGAGCGUCGACGCGCGGAGACGGCGAAGGAGCCCUCGUCCUCGACCAAAGCGCCGCCGGAAGAGAGGGUGGCUAUGCUACCGCAAAAGGAACCCGUUCCUAAACUCGAGGAACGCGCCGGACCGAAGAGACCUUGGCACGCUCUGGUCAGCUACGUCGACGAGCUAACCGUCGGUGGUAGAAGGGACAGCAAAGGGAAAUACAUAGAUGGUAUGGGUUCCUUUCCUGGAUUCGGUCGGAGCAAUCGAAGGAAAGAACCGCAGGAUUGCUUCCCACGGCAGUGUUACGAAAAGUGUACCUGCAUCGAUCGGUGUGUCGCAACGUCUAUCGGAAAAAAAUGGAUAAAUAUACGAACGAUGGUCCUCUCGGUUGUCGACACGCCCGGCUUCGAAUGGAUGAUACUAGUUUUCAUUUUCGCAUCUUCCAUAACGCUCUGUUUCGAAGAUAUCUAUCUAGACGAUAAUCCGUUCUUGAAGAAGAUCCUCUAUUGGACCAAUCUCGGCUUCUGCGCCCUUUUCAGUAUUGAGAUGCUGCUCAAGUGGCUAGCUUUGGGUUUCUGCAAAUAUUUCACCAGUUUUUGGACGAUCUUGGAUUUUAUAAUCGUCUUUGUAUCGACGUUUAGUCUGUUGAUAGAGGAGAACGAAAACUUGAAAGUGCUAAGAUCGCUGAGAACGUUGCGAGCAUUGAGACCGUUAAGGGCGAUAUCGAGAUGGCAAGGCAUGAGGAUCGUAGUGAACGCGUUGAUGUAUGCGAUACCUAGUAUAUUCAACGUGCUCCUCGUCUGUCUCGUGUUCUGGCUGAUAUUUUCUAUUAUGGGCGUGCAAUUUUUCGGCGGCAAGUUCUUCAAAUGCGUCGACGAAUACGGCGAGUUGUUAGACAUAUCGAUCGUGAACACGAAGGACGAUUGUCUGUGGAAGAAUUACUCCUGGGAGAACAGUAAAAUCACGUUCGACCACGUCGGGGUAGCUUACCUAGCACUGUUCCAAGUAGCCACUUUCGAAGGGUGGAUGGAGGUGAUGCAGGACGCGGUAGACGUCAGGGGCGUAGACCUCCAGCCGCAGAGAGAAGCGAACAUCUGCGCGUACAUCUACUUCGUCAUAUUUAUCGUUUGCGGCUCGUUUUUUACGCUGAACCUGUUUAUCGGAGUAAUUAUAGACAACUUUAACAUGUUGAAAAAGAAGUACGAAGGUGGAGUGCUAGAAAUGUUUUUGACCGAAAGUCAAAAACACUACUACACUGCCAUGAAAAAGCUUGGCCGUAAAAAGCCGCAAAAAGUGAUAAAGCGUCCGAUGAAUCAAGUCCUCGCCAUGUUCUACGACCUAUCGAACUCACGCAGAUUCGAAAUAGCAAUUUUCAUUUUGAUAUUCCUGAACAUGCUGACGAUGGGAAUCGAGCACUACGGUCAGCCGCACCCGAUCUUCUUCGUCCUCGAAGUGUCGAACGCAUUUUUCACGACCGUGUUCGGUCUGGAGGCGAUCGUCAAGAUAAUAGGACUGCGUUAUCAUUAUUUCACGGUGCCGUGGAACCUGUUCGAUUUCCUCCUCGUCCUGGCCUCUAUACUAGGGAUACUGAUGGAGGACAUCAUGGUAGACUUUCCUGUGUCCCCGACGCUCCUGCGAGUCGUGAGAGUGUUCAGAAUCGGUAGAAUCUUAAGGCUCAUCAAAGCUGCUAAAGGCAUUCGCAAACUGCUCUUCGCUCUGGUGGUCAGUCUUCCGGCGCUGUUCAACAUCGGCGCCCUAUUAGCUCUAAUUACGUUUAUUUAUGCCAUCAUCGGCAUGUCGGUGUUCGGUCACGUCAAGAAGCAAGGCGCACUCGACGACAUGGUGAAUUUCGAAACGUUUGGUAGAAGCAUGCAAUUACUAUUUCGAUUAAUGACGUCGGCCGGUUGGAACGACGUGUUAGAAUCUCUGAUGGUUCAACCGCCCGACUGCGACCCGACGCCGACCAGUCGCCAGAUGAAUGGGAACUGUGGAUAUCCACUGUUGGCCAUCACCUAUUUUACUUCGUUCAUCAUAAUCAGCUACAUGAUCGUUAUCAACAUGUACAUCGCUAUUAUUCUCGAAAACUUUAAUCAAGCCCAUCAAGAGGAAGAGAUCGGUAUCGUCGAGGACGACCUAGAGAUGUUCUACAUCAGAUGGUCCAAGUACGACCCGCACGCGACGCAGUUCAUAAACUUCUCGCAGCUGAGCGAUUUCAUAGCGAGCCUGGAUCCUCCGUUAGGAAUUUCGAAGCCCAACAUGGUCGCAUUGGUCAGCUUCAAUCUUCCUAUAGCUAAGGGUAACAAGAUUCAUUGUCUGGACAUUCUUCACUCACUCGUCAAGCACGUCCUUGGACACGUCGAGGAGUCCGAAGAUUUCAGGAAGCUGCAGGAGCAGAUGGACAUCAAGUUCAAGAAACAGUUCCCUACGCGUAAGGAACUGGAGAUCGUCUCUUCGACGAGAAUGUGGAAGCGGCAGGACAAGGCCGCCAGAUUGGUCCAACGCACCAUCAGAGAGUAUAUAGCGGCGAAGAAGGAACGUGAACGAAUGGCUCAGGAAGUGGACUCACAGACGCAAACGUCGAGUCCCGGCUUCGGGAACGAGGGUAGGGGCGGGGGUGGAUGGAGUGGCAAAGUAUCGGCUUUCCUACACGUGCACAGAGGUAGCCGAGCCAGUAGCCGCAAGUCCUCGAGGGCCAGCGACGCCAGCGAUUUCAGCGAGCUCGGUACAGCCUCGGCAUGGCUUUUUCCAAACCUGCCUCUGCUGUUGCUCUCCGGCGCCUCCGGUACUCACGAGGACCUGCCUCCUCCUGCUCUGACCGUAUCCCGUCCCUCGCCGACCACGGAACAGCAAUCGUUUACCGGUUCUUCCGCUGCCACCGCAUCUUCCUCCUCUGAUCUACAUACCAGCAGAUCAAUCGCGGGACCGACCCUCGGCCGGCAGAACGCCGUUGAAAGUUAUCCCGACGAGGAAGCUCCCAGUCUUCCUACGAAGCGCAGGUCACUCCCGCCGAGCGCUACGACACUCUCCCUGAACACGUUGCAUCGCGACAUAAAGGAAGCGAUCAGCAGACGUUGCGGCAGCCUCCGUAGGAAACAGCAACCAGCACCAGAACCAGCACCGCUGCCAAUCGAAUCUACCGACGUAAGCAUACUCGUUACGGAACCCAGUCCAGAGAACACGGCGCCGCCCUCGAGACCGGCGCUGCUCCGACGACAAUCCGCCGCCACGGUCGUACACGUCCUCGUACACAGGGAGAGCGAGGAGUAUCGAGAUGCCCAAACCGACGAUGCCAGUUGAUUUUAAAGAACCGACCAUCCUUCCGACGCUGCGCGAUCUGUUAUUACUUAAAAGAAAAAAAGAAAAAAGAAGAACGAGAGGUUCGCUCGGCCGUGAGCCACGACCGAGGCUUGCUCGUCGUUGCGGAAUCGGGAGAUUCGCGAAUCUCGUCCGAACGAACGAACGACGAUUUCCAACAAAAGAGUUCCCCCUCUCCUCUCCCCCUUUCUUUGACACCGUUGCCUUACCAUCGUCACUGUUCGAUAGCUCUUCUCUGACUUCGUUGUUGAUCCGUAGAGCCUCGAUUCGACUCGAUUGUUUCUCACCGAUUUUAACAGGUCUAGCAGACUCUCAUGUACAAAAAUUAUUAUAUUCUACACGCGUAUUCUUAUAUUUCAAUUUUAUCACUUUUAUUCUUCUUACAAUGUUUUCGUAUCGAAUAACGACACGCUAUUUUUAGUGAUCAAUUUUAUCGCAACGAGCUUAAUCUUUUCUUACGCGAUAGAGAAAUACGUUACGUACAGAUACACGUUCUCAUACCGAUCAGAUUGGGAAUAAUAGUUAACUUAGAUCGAUUACCUUGGAGUUUACCUAGCCGGAUUCUUCUACCGCGAUUAAGGGUGAUUGGACCAAUUUAAUGAGAUACACUUGAAUUCCGAUCCCUCGUUCUUGUCUCUCUCAAAUCGAACCAUCAGACACGAUCUACUUACUCGUUACAAAGGAAACUGAGUAAUAAUUACGUAAAGAGAAGAAUAAUAAUACUGCCUCAAAUAGUAUAGAUUUUUCAUUUAUAAUUGUUUUCGAAGAGAGAAACGGAUAGGAGAAGAAAACGGAAGACGGAACGAGGAAAUCCGAGAGAAAUCAGAUCGCUACGACACGAAGUGAGCGUUUUUUCGUUAGAAUUUUUUAAGGAACGUACCUUGCUAGAAAAUAAUUCAUUUGAUAUAAUGAAAUUCUAUUUGAAAUGAUUCGAUACGAUCUGAAUGAGAUUCGUACACUUACUUAUUUCUUUACACGUUUACGCGCAAAUUAGGGUUCGUUUCGAAUUUAAUACGAGGAAUAGCGAAUACGCGGAGACUCGUCGCUCGAUGCGCCAUUUUUUGACGAGCAUGUCGACACAAUUGUUGUCAUACGCGUCUUGUAAUUUACUUUGUGCCGCGAUAGGCAAAAUCUAAUAUCGAUCAGCGAUAAUAGAUCUAUUAAUUAUACCGGGUGUCCUAGACUAUCCGUACACCACUUCUGAAAUAUGGAAAAUUGAGCUUUUGAAAAUUUGAAAACCUAGUCGGGGGUAAAUCGGGCCUGUUUUAUUGAAUGGUGAUAUUGCCGACUUCCGGCGCAGACCGGAAGUGGGUUUUUUAGACCGGAAGUCCAGUUUUUCAAGUGGAAUAUGCAUAUUUUCAUGACGAAUUCUGAUUCUAUGCCAAAAAAUAUGCAUCUUCGGAGGUCGGCAAUAUCACUACUCAAUGGAGCAGGCUCGAUUUAAUAGAGAAUAGGUUUCCAAAUUUAAAAAGAACUCAAUUUUCCAGAUCUCAGAAAGAGUGUACGAGUGGUCCGGGACAUUUGGUAUACAUAUAUAUUUCUUCUUUAUAGUAAAAUGAAAUAUCGUUAAGUAUCUGUAUGUAUAACGUGAAACUAACGAUAAGUGUUAAGCGAUAAUUGAAUAAGAGAAAGGGAGAGAGGUAGGAAUGAAAGGGAAGCAAGAAGCUAGAGAAAAACCAAAAGAGAUGAAUUCCACGUAAAGAAAGGAACAACGAAUUUUGUAGCGAUUAGUUACAUUUUUACGGUUACCUUAUCGGGUCAUGUUUCUUUACUUACUUCAGUAUUUGAAAUCCCUGGAAGGACACAAAACUUAUCGAUUCAAUUAACAGAAUAGAGAGUUUCACGCAUUACCGUUUUUUCGAAUUUUCCUUUUCACCGAGAUAAACGUUGCCAUUGACACACGCCACGACCUCUCGUCGACCUAUAGUGCCUAUUGUUAGAAAAUGAUUGCGAGUUAAUAAUAAUACGUAUACAAGAAUAAUAAGCGCAUCUAUAAUAUUAGAUUUUCAUAUUAACAAAUAUUCGUACGGAACGUAAACGGUACGAGUUAAAUUUUACGUAUCAGACUUCUUGUUAGAACGUGCCGCAGGUACGUUACUUUUAGAGUUUAGCAUUUGAUGCUUAAUGCUUGGCAACCUUGUUUUCGCGCGUCGACUAUAAAGACAUAGCGUUGAGGAUCACGAGCGAAGAAAGAUCGAGCCGAGAAAAUUAUCAAGAAAGGUACAUAUGUACAGGGAGAAAAAUAAUAUUAAACGAUAGAUGAACGAUCCGAUAAAUGUGAUCUAUACUCGCGGUUCCGAGAGUCUAGGACCGGGCACAGUUCAGUUUUUAAUCGUUCUGCGCAUCUCAAUGCUUCACCGUGUGGAGGGAGUUCGUUGCGACCCUCAUCACCUUUCAAGCUGCGCGAAACGGUCCUACACUCUCGGGAACACAUGAAUAAGCAGGAAACACACAUCGUGGAGCUAUGUAUCAUGUCAAUUAAAGGCAUAAAAUAUAUAUGAUAUGUUAUCGAUAA